AUGUAUCAAACACCGAUAGCAGCUCACGGAUUUAAUCAUCAAUCAUUUUAUCGUCAGCCAGUAUCGAACCUGAGACAGAUUAAUGAAAUUGUAUGGAAUCGAAAUAAUGAAGCACAACAAGCAAAUAAUAAUAAUAUAACAAAUUCAUUUAUGAAUCAACAAUCUGGUUCUCAACGUGGAACUAUGGAUAAACAUAUCUAUCCAUCACUAGAAGAAGCAAUGAAACAUCAAAGUGAAUUUAAAAGAGACCCAAGAGCUAGAACUGAGAGAUCAUUUCGAGACCAGUCUAGGAAUGGAACGAUGACAUCGAAUACAGGUCAAAAUCGAACAUUAUCACGACAAGCGAGUUUAGGAGCUCUACCUAUGGCUGAAGAUAUCUUACCACAACCUCCAGCACCUUUAACAAAUUCACGUUCAGCUGGUACUAUACAUGAUUAUAUACAAAAAGAACGAAGAGCUCAUACUAUGGCUCCAUUAUCUCGCAUAUUAGGACCAAAUUAUGCUCAAAAAACAAAUGUGUUUGCUAGUACGCUUGCUCCAAGUGAUGCUCAAAAUAUCAAAGCAGCUGCUUUAACACAAACAGUACCCAAUACAAUAUUGAAUUCCUAUCCUCAAACAGGCAUUGAAAUGACUGAAGUAGAGGAGACUAAUGCAGAAGAGGAAGAAGAUGAUGAUGCUCCAAUUAUUGUAAAAGUUCGAUAUGAUCCAGAAGCUGGUGGUCCACCAUCAGAAGAUACUAUUCGACAAGCAAUUGAUAAUCAAUUACAACGAGAAUCUGGUCAGAGAAUGACUAAAGAUCCAAUUAUUCUAAAUUUUCUCAAUCAGGGUGUGCCUCCUCAGUUCUUACAAAUGCCAGUUAGACCACCGCAACCAUUUAAUCUUCACGCUGGUGCAUCUGGACAACCACAUCUUCGUCCACCCUUCCGAUUUCCAACUCCUCUCCAACAGCAGCCACCACAACAGCAUCAGCAAGUUCAACAAGUACAACAACAUCUGCAAACACAACAAGUACAGCAAUCACAACCAUCUCAACAACCUCAACAAUCUCAACAACCUCAACAACCUCAACUAUCUCAACAAACUCAACAAUCUCAACAAACUCAACAACCUCAGCACCCUCAACAACAGCAAACCUUACAAUCAAUACAACGGCAACUGCAACAACAACAUGCAAUAUUGAUACAACAGCAACAACAAUUACAACAAAAGCAGCAACAGCAGCAGCAGUUGCAACAACAAUUACAACAGCAUCAGCAACAACAACAAAAACAAGGACAACAACAGCAACAAAAACAACCAGUGCCACUGCAAAAGCAGCCAACCCAACAACAACAGCAACCACCACCACAAACGCAACAUCAGCAGCAAAAACAACAACAACCAGCGCAACAACAGCAACAAAAACAACAACAACAACCAGCGCAGCAACAGCAACAAAAACAACAAGUACCAGCACAGCAACCGCACCAAAAACCACCACAGCUGUCAACUCAACAACCUCAAAAUAAACAGCAACAACCGCAAACACAGCAUCAAAAGCAACAACUUCAACAAAAGCAACAACAACAGCAAACGGCGCAGCAGCAGACGGCGUCACAACAGCAAAAUACGACACCACAGCAAAGUACGACACAGUCACAAACUACAACACAACAGCAACAACAAAAACAACAACAACAAUCCCAAGCGCAAAAGCUGCAACAACAACAACAACAAAAGCAACAAACGCAACAGCCUCAAAAGCCAUUAGCAUCACAACCUAAGCAACCACAACCGCAUUCACCAUUGCAUCAAAAGCAACAGCAGCCGCAUUCGCCAAUACAUCAAAAGCAACCACAGCCUCAUUCGCCAUCGCAUCAGAAGCAACCACAACCGCAUUCGCCAUUACAUCAAAAACAAUCACAACCGCAUUCGCCAUUGCAUCAUAAGCAACAACAACUAUUAUCAUUGAGUCAAAAGCCACAACAACAACAACCACAAUUGCAACAAAAACAACAGCAGCAACAAUUACCAUCACAACAAAAACAACAGCAGCAAAAACAACCACAACAGCUGCAUUCUCAACCAAAAACACAACCGCUACCACAACAACAACAGACCUCACAACCGCCUCAGCAGCAAUCUCCGCAACAAACUCAACAACAGUCUCCACCACAGACUCAACAACAGCAACAAAAACAACAACAGCAGCAAAAGCCGCAAACACAGCCACCACAUAAGCCACCACAGCGACUACAGCAAGAGUUUUUUCUUCAACAGCAGAGGCAAAAGCAGGUAUUUAGUGCGGAACAACAACAAAAACAACAACAACUAGUGCAGGAGCAACAACUUCAACAACAACAAUUGUUAAUUGAGCAACAACAGAGACAGCAACAGAAAGAACAACAGUUACAACUGGAGCAACAACAAAUACAGCAACAACAACAGAAAUAUUGGCAGAUAUUACAACAGAAACAACAACAAAUUGAACAACAACAAUUACAGUUAGAACAGGAACAACAGAGAUAUCGUCAAUUAUUGCAAAGUCAACAACAAUUGCAACAAAAUCAACAAAAACAACAAGAACUACACCAACGAAUUCAACAUCAGCAAGGUUUUGAUCAUAAUGCUUAUCUUCCACCAAUAGGUCCACGACCACCACGUCCUUUUGCUUCAAGUCGACCUAUUUCUAUGAAUCGAUCGCCUGAUAUGUUUCUACCAAAUGGUAACAAUCGUGCAUUACAAUCAGCUCCAUUAGCUCCAAUUCCAAUAAGAAAUAUACAACAAACUGCAACUAUGGAUCGACAACGUUCACCAAUUCGAAAUAUAAGCUCUUCCUUAGCUAGCAGUCCCUUAUCAACAGUACCUAGUGGAUACAAUAAUCAAGCUCAUCGAUACACACCAAAUAAUUUCAUGCCAAUUAAUUUCGAUAUUGGCAAUGGGCAAUCACCAAUAUCUGGUAAUAACAAUAACAAUAACUCUACUAAUAUGUCACAAAAUUUAUUACCAAGACCACAUACAGCACCUUCAUUUACUGAAAUGUUUCGACCACCAUCAGCAUUAGAUAUACCUGAAUUAAGCGAAGUAAAUCUUCGUAAUAUGCUCAACCAAAUUCCUAGUUUAAAUGGUUGUCAAUUUAGUAUCGAAUAUGCAGAACCUACUGAACCAACUGAUAUUCCAAUACCAUCAAAAUCACCUGACGAUGAAAAUAAAUAUCCUGAACCUAUUAUUGUCGAUCAAUUACCAAAUGAUAUUAUUCAACAUGUACGAAGUAGUGAUAAUUUAGCAUUAAAAGCUGCAUUAGAAUUAAGUGCAGAAGCAGAAGAUAAUGGUCCGUAUAUCAGUCAAUCUCAAAUGAACGCACAAAUGAUGAAUAAACAAUCAUCAACAGUAUUACAUCAUUCAACACAAGUUAAUCAAUACGUACAUCAAUCUCCACGAUCACCAUCACGCGAAUCAAAUAGUACUCUCGAUACUAGUUCAUCAGAAAAAGAAAAUGAAAUUGAUGAAAUUGAAAUUGUUCCUGUAACAAUGUGA